AUGCGAAGACCCCCCUACGGAAUACAUAACCCAAAUCGCCCCUUUUGUAGAAUUUUUUUAAAUUUCAUCACAACCUUAGAAAUUUCUCGUAGGACUGAAGGGAUAUUGGAGAUCAGAACUGUGCAAAGGAUUUCAUAUUAUGAGCUUUUACAAGCAACUCAUGGUUAUGAGGAAAGCAAUUUGCUUGGCACAGGGAGUUGUGGAUCUGUCUACAAAGGGAUUUUAAAAGAUGGGAUGCUAGUGGCGGUUAAAAUGCUCAAUUUACAAGUGAAAAUUUCACUAGGGAGUUUCGAAAGAGAAUGUGAAGUGUUUCGCAACGUUCGCCAUCGAAAUCUCCCAAAAGUACUUGGCAGUUGCUAUAAUAAUGAUUUCAAAGCUCUAGUUCUUGAAUUCAUGCCUGAUGGUAGUCUUGAAAAGUGGUUGUAUUCCCACAACUAUUUCUUGGAUAUAAUGCAGAGAUUAAACAGAAUGAUAGAUGUGGCGCGUGCAAUUGAUUAUUUUCAUAAUGGCUACUUGAUACCAGUGAUUCAUUGCGAUUUGAAGCCUAGUAAUGUCCUGCUAGAUGCAGAAAUGGUUGCUCAUGUAACCGACUUUAGCAUCGCGAAAUUGAUGGAUAAAGACGACAGCAUCGUCUACACAAGAACGCUAGCCACCUUUGGUUAUAUUGCACCGGAAUCUCCUAAAGAAAGGAUCGGCAUGAAAGAUGCUCUUGCAGCUCUAGAGAAGAUUAAGGUUCAGUUUUAA